UAUAACUAUUUGAUAUUAUAUUAUAUUAAUUUAUUUUUAAAGAGGCUAUUACAUACACAGAGAGAGAUAUGGAUCAAAUAAGGAUUCCCAAGGAAAACAUACGUUUGCAGGUAGAAAAUGUGAGAAUGUUGGACAAAUAUAGCAAUAAUCAUUCCUUUGGCACUCUUUAUUUGACGGUAACGCAUCUUAUCUUUGUUGAAAGAAGCGGUAAAAAGAAAAUAUGGGUAUUAUAUACUCAUAUCGCUAAUAUAGAAAAACAGCCAUUGACAACAACCGGAUCGCCAUUAUUUAUUAAGUGCAAACAUUUCUUUAUCGUCACAUUUGUUGUUCCAAAGGAACGCGAUUGCCAUGAGAUUUAUCUUACAUUAUUAAAAUUGUCCUGUCCAGCCAGUGUAGAGGAUUUGUAUUGCUUUCGUUAUCAGGAAAGCGAAGAUACAUUACCUCAACACGCAGGAUGGAAUUUCUUCAAUGUACAAAGUGAAUUCCAACGGCAAGGUGUUCCAAAUGAGGAAUGGUCGCUCUCAUAUUUAAAUACUAAUUAUGAGCUUUGCAAUACUUAUCCGAGGUACUUAUAUGUUCCUAGUACAUGUACUAACAAUAUUCUGUGGGGCAGUGCAAAGUUUAGAAGCAGAGGAAGACUGCCAGUUUUAACAUAUUUGCAUUCGAACAAGGCUGCCAUUUGUCGCUGUAGUCAACCACUUUCAGGAUUUAGCGCGAGAUGCCCUGAAGACGAACAAAUGAUGUAUAAUAUACUGUGUACAAAUCCUAAUUCGAAGUAUAUGUAUGUUGUCGAUACAAGACCGCGGAUUAAUGCCUUUGCCAAUAGAGCCGCGGGAAAGGGAUACGAAAACGAAAAUUUUUACGAUAAUAUCAAAUUUCAUUUCUUCGGAAUUGAAAAUAUUCAUGUAAUGAGAACAAGUUUAAAUAAACUUUUGGAUUUACAAAGAUCGAGUUCCAUGAGCGCAUUUUUGAGCGGCCUAGAAAGCAGCGGUUGGCUAAAACACAUUCGUUCGAUUCUGGAAACCGCUUGGUUCAUCGCGCGCGCAGUUUCAAACGGCGUAAGCGUGGUUGUGCAUUGCAGCGACGGCUGGGAUCGCACCGCGCAAGUUUGCUCUCUAGCUGCAUUACUAUUAGAUCCAUUUUACAGAACCAUCCAAGGCUUUCAAGCGUUAAUAGAAAAGGACUGGCUAUCGUUUGGUCACAAAUUUAGCGAUCGUUGUGGUUACGUCAGUAGCGACGGCAAAGAACUCGCCCCGAUAUUUACGCAGUUCAUAGACGCAACGUACCAGUUGCUGCAACAGUGUCCGAACAAAUUUCAAUUCAACGAAUAUUUUCUCUUAACGUUACACGAUCACGUACAUAGUUGCCAAUACGGUACGUUCAUCGGAAACUCGGAGAAGGAGAGGCAGAUUCUAAGAUUACCUGAACGAACGUACUCGUUGUGGGGCUAUUUAGCGAACAAUACGAACGAAUAUAUAAAUCCAAUCUAUAGGUGUAAUCGUUACAGUAAUGAAGACUCCGCUGACGUUCUUCAGCCUAAGUUGGCGCCUCAAGCUAUUGUUCUCUGGAGAGGUUUGUACUUCAGAUUUGAGAACGGAAUACAUCCUAGAGAGACGUGUGAAGACCUACUUUUGACAAUCUAUGAUCACACGAGCUCCUUAGAGGAUCACGUGAAACUUCUGCUAAAACGAGUCAAUUCUUUGGGACAACUUUUAGAUACAAAUAAUGCUCAAAAGAAGGGCAAGCAUAAAUUCGAUAACAAAUUUAUGAAGGAGACUCUGUCGGAAACUAUAAUAGACAGCACGAAUCACGAUGAAAAGGCGAAACUCAAGAUGAAAGUAAAUCAAUUGGAAAAUGAACUGAAGACCGUAGCCUUAGACUGGAAGUCGUCGCGAAACAUGGAAGAAUGCGGAUGCUCGACUACGUUCGAUGCUUUUAACAAAAAACACCAUUGUUGGUCAUGCGGCGACGUAUUGUGUAUGAGAUGCAUGGCAAUGCACACCAAACUACCGGGACAUCUGUCGCAGCGUGCUGUUCCUACGUGCAAAUCGUGCUAUCAAAGUUCCGGCAUAUCUGCCACUAGUCCCUGAAUGCGCGUUUCAAUUUAAUGCCGGCUACUUGUAAUUCAUAUUUGUACACAUUGUGUCUAUAACAUAGACGAAACAAAGACAAAAUGUAGCAUCACAAAAAAAAAAACAUGAUAUUUCAAUCUUAUGUAUUUAACUUUUCUAUUUUGAAUUUUAUUUCACGGUCAAUACAAACAACAUAGUACCUGAUUACACAAAUAUACCAUAUGAACUCUUGUUCGCUUAACUUAAACACAUCAACUUUCGUGAGUACACCAAAUAAGUAAUAAUAAUAAUAAUGACGAAUCAUUAAUUAUCAACUACUAUGGUCAGUGAUAAAUGCCGCUGUUGCAUAUUAAUGGCUUUAAAAACUUAUAUUAGCUACAUUUUUUUACACAUUUUUGUAACUAGUUAGAAAAAUCAGUUAAAUAUACUCAUUAAAAUAGUUUCUUUUUAAUAACAAA